AUGGGCAGCCCUGCGAAAAAGAGGAAGCUAAAUGGCGAUACAAAGGCCACGCCGCCUCGAGGGCUGGAAUACUUUUUUGCCAAGCAAAAGCAAAAGCCGCCAGAGCCACGGUUGAAUGAACAAGUCGCCACAUCCAGUCAGGUUUUGAGUGACGAGGAGCUUGCUCGUAAACUGCAAGAAGAAUGGAACAGGGAGGACGUUGUUCGUGACGGAGCCCAAGGGGUAUCAUCUACGGACAGCGAAGGUGCUGCUUCACGAAAUGUGGAUGAUUCCAACCUGGGCGGGCCUCAUCUCGCCGCUAGCAAUCCAAUAGUCGAUGGUAGCGCCCUUAAUGUGACUGCGAGUUCAACAAAGACCAACACUCUUACACUCCAGUCUGCUGCGUCUGUCGAGGAUACAAUUUCCUCCGUAAUCCCUCUUGACGAAAGUCCAUUGACAUUCGACAUUUCAGAAUACACCACCAAACUUAAAGCUCAUUGGAAUGCAGAAGGUGGCAAUGCCUCCUAUGCCAUCCUCACUCGAUGUUUUGUGCUUAUAAGCGCAACGACCAGUCGCAUCAAGAUUGUCGAUACUUUGGUGAACUGCUUGAGGAUUCUUAUAGAAGCAGAUCCAGACAGUCUUUUGCCAGCGGUAUGGCUGGCUACAAACUCCAUUUCGCCGCCAUACAUCUCAUUGGAGUUGGGCCUUGGUGGAUCGGCAAUUUCAAAAGCCUUGAGACAAGUAUGUGGCCUAGACAGCCGCAGCCUCAAGGCCAUUUACGAUAAAUAUGGAGAUCCAGGCGAUGUUGCGUUCGAGGCCAAGAAAAAACAGAGCUUUACAUUGAGAAAGCCUAAACCACUUACCAUCAAAGGUGUCUUCCAGUCAUUGGUUAAAAUUGCUCAGAGCCAGGGCCAAGGAAGUGUCAACGUCAAGCAGCAAAUAGUAGACAGGCUUCUACAGGAUGCCCGAGGCGGCGAGGAAAGCAGAUUUGUUGUUCGAACCCUUUGUCAACAUCUACGGAUAGGAGCAGUCAAGACAACAAUGCUUAUUGCAUUAUCAAGAGCUUUUCUCCUGUCAAAGCCCCCCGGGGCUGACUUCGAAACCAGAGAUAUCAAGGAACUCGCUCGCCUCAAGAAAGAAGAGCUCGCCGAAACUUGGGCACGAGGCGAAGAAAUAGUCAAGGCUUGCUUUGCGCGGCGUCCUAACUACAAUGACCUCGUCCCGGUUCUUCUGGAGAUCGGGAUCACGGAUGAGUUGCUCGUGCGUUGCGGUCUCGCACUUCAUGUACCGCUGCGGCCUAUGCUGGGAAGCAUCACCAGAGAUCUCAGUGAAAUGCUCACAAAACUACAGGGGCGUGAUUUCGCUUGUGAAUUCAAGUAUGAUGGCCAGAGAGCCCAAGUCCACUGUGAUGAGAAUGGGGAAGUCUCAAUAUUCUCCAGACAUCUGGAAUUGAUGACUGACAAGUACCCUGAUCUUAUCGCCCUCAUCCCCAAGAUCAGAGGAGAGGGCGUUUCAAGCUUUAUCUUGGAGGGAGAAGUUGUAGCCGUCGACUCGAUGACGGGAGAUCUCAAGAACUUCCAGACGCUUACCAAUCGCGCUAGGAAGGACGUUGCAAUCGGUAGCAUUACAGUCAAUGUAUGCCUGUUCGCAUUCGACCUUAUGUUCCUCAACGGACAGCCACUCUUGGAUAGACCUUUCAGGGAGCGCCGCGAGUUGUUAAGGUCCCUUUUCAUCGAAGUUCCCCACAACUUUACUUGGGUCAAGAGUAUAGACGCAACAUCACAAGAUUCUGAAGCUGUGUUGGAGUUUUUCAAGGCUGCCACGGAUCUGAAGUGCGAAGGAUUGAUGGUGAAGAUAUUGGACAACUUACCAGAUAUUGCAUAUAAAGGCGAUGGUACUACUGAACCAGUAGAUGAGCAAGACAAAACCUCAAAAACGACUGUCGUUAAGGUGAAAGGCAAAACAAAGGCAAAAGCCGAUAAUGCCGAGCCCAAAAAAACACGAAGGAAGCCAUUACUCGCUACUUACGAACCCGACAAACGCCUUGAUUCGUGGCUCAAGGUGAAGAAGGACUACGACUCAACAUUCGAUACACUGGACCUUAUCCCCAUCGCGGCUUGGCAUGGCCAGGGAAGGAAAGCUAAAUGGUGGUCUCCGAUACUCCUCGCCGUCCGCAACGAGACUACGGGGUCGCUUGAGGCGGUCACCAAGUGCAUGUCAGGCUUUACGGAUGCCUUCUACAAGGCGAAUAGAGCAUUUUACAAUGACGGCGAGGAAGACGGCGAAAGACAGAACACACGAGCUCGACGACCAGCUUUCGUGGAAUACUCAGGCCCCGAACCUGAUGUCUGGUUCGAGCCUCAAGAGGUAUGGGAGAUGGCGUUUGCGGACAUAACUCUCAGUCCUACAUACACUGCCGCAAUCGGUUUGGUCAGCGAUGAAAGGGGCCUCAGCCUGCGAUUUCCUCGAUUUUUGAAGAAGCGAGAUGAUAAGAGUAUUGAUGAGGCCAGUUCCAGCGAAUUUCUUGCAAGCUUGUUCCGUAAGCAAGAGGCCAAGGCCCCGACGGCAGCACAGGGGACACUAGAUGAUGAAUUCGAAUAA